AUGUUAAACAAGAUCAACUUUCAUACAUUGCUGGUGGGAGUGUAUACUGAAAUAGGUUGGCAAUAUCUAACAAAGCUGAAGUCAGAGUCUCCUAAAGAGCCCGAACAGCUGAGGAAGCUCUUCAUUGUAGGAGUGAGCUUUGAAACAACUGGUAAGAGUCUCAAGAGCCAUUUUGAGCAAAGGGGAAUGCUCACGGACUGUGUGGUAAUGAGAGAUCCAAACACCAAGCACUCCAGGGGCUUUGGGUUUGUCACAUAUGCCACUGUGGACGAGGUGGAUGCAGCCAUGACUGCAAGGCCACAGGUGGAUAGAAGAGCUGUGGAACCAAAGAGGGCUGUCUCAAGAGAAGAUUCUCAAAGACCAGGUGCCCACUUAACUGUGAAGAUCUUUGUUGGUGGCAUUAAAGAGGACACUGAAGAACAUAACCUGAGAGAUUACUUUGAACAGCAUGGGAAAACUGAAAUGAUUGAAAUCAUGACUGACUGAGGCAGCGGCAAGAAGAGAGGUUUUGCUUUUGUAACCUUUGAUGACCAUGAGUCUGUGGAUAAGAUUGUCAUUCAGAAAUACCACACUGUGAAUGGCCAAGACUGUGAACUAAGGAAAGUACUGUUGAAGCAAGAGAUGGCUAGUGCUCCAUCCAGCCAAAGAGGUCAAAGUGGUUCUGGAAACUUUGGUGAUGGUCAUGGAGGUGGUUUUGGUGGGAAUGACAACUUUGGUCAUGGGGGAAACUUCAGCGGUCGUGGUGGCUUUGGUGGCAGCCGUGGUGGUGGUGGAUAUGGUGGCAGUGGGGAUGGCUAUAACGGAUUUGGUAACGAUGGGAGCAAUUCUGGAGGUGGUGGAAGCUACAAUGACUUUGGCAAUUACAACGAUCAGUCUUCAAAUUUUAGACCCAUGGGCCGACCCAUGAAGGGAGGAAAUUUUGGAGGCAGAAGCUCUGGCCCUUAUAGUGGUAAAGGCCAAUACUUUGCCAAACCACGAAACCAAGGUGGUUAUGGUGGUUCCAGCAGUAGCAGUAGCUAUGGCAGUGGCAGGAGGCUUUAA